AUGUCCUCCACACCCCCCACAACGACAAAACUGGAGCUGCGCACAGCCUAUGGUCCUGUCUAUCGCGAUGUACUCAACACACCACCUCGUCCUUGCACUGAUACAGAGAUUCCUAUCAUUGAUCUUUCGAAUAUAAAUUCUCCUAAUUUGAGCGAUCGUCAAGCAUUAGCUGCAGAAGUACGUGCUGCGGCGGUGGGGACGGGGUUCUUUUAUGUGAAGAAUCAUGGUAUUGAAGAGACAGUUAUUCAGAAGGCAAAAGAGCAGGCUUUGAGUUUCUUCAAACAGCCAUACGAAGAAAAAGCAAAGAUAGACAAAAGUCAUUCCCGUUACUUUAAUGGCUACAUGGGAUUAAAAAGUUCAAACAUAAGCCCCGGAGAAAGUGUAGAUGUCAAAGAAUCCAUUGCCUGGCGCUACGAGCCCGAAAAUGAUCCAGAUCACCCCCAGCCCCUUUCAUCCAUCCCCUCGGAGGUAAAACCCUGGAUCCGAGGCGAACCCUUCGUCUGGGAAGGAACUUCGCAUCUUCCCAAUUUCAAAACCGACACUCUCGCCUAUUGGAAAUCCUGUCUCUCACUCGCGCGCAAACUCGUCCGAGUCUUCGCUCUCAGUCUCUCCCUCCCAGAAGACUAUUUCGAUUCCCGCGUUACCUACCCAGGAGCAGAUGGCCUCUACAAUUACUACCCGCCCAGUACCGAAGCCGAAAGAUCAAACAACAGUGUAGGACUCGGUUCUCAUACCGAUCUCCAACUUUUUACUCUCCUCUGGCAAGAUAUGAUAGGCGGUCUCCAAGUAUUAAACAAAGAAGGUCAAUGGAUCAUGGCGGUUCCAGUGGAAGGAACGAUAGUUGUUAAUAUUGGCGAUUUUAUGAUGAGACUUUGCAAUGAUAUGUAUAAGAGUACCGUUCAUCGAGUUUACAACCGAGCAACCGUGGAGAGAAUUUCCAUGCCGUUUUUCUUCGGACUCAAUUUCAAUUGUGUCGAAGGUGUAAUCUCUACUUGUACUGAUGAGAAUAAUCCUCCGAAAUAUGAACCGAUAUCUUGUGGUGAUUGGUGUCAACUUAGGUUCAAAUUGGAGAAUGAUGAGUUCAAAGAGAAGGCUGCACUGGCGAAAGCACCCAGUGCUGUUGUUGUCAAGGCUUAA